UAAUUCCCUCUUCGUUGCCCUUUUCAGCCCAAAUCCAAAGCCCAAACUGCCCUUCUCUCUCUCUCUCUCUCUCCCCCCUUCUCUCCCUCUCGAAGCUUUCCGAAAUAUCUUCCAACAGUCUUCUCCCUCCCCCACUCUCUCCUCAAUUCUCUCCGACUUUUUUCAUUAAAUUUGAAACCAAAGGCCCUAAAAUUGUGUGAUUGAUCAACUGAAGUUGUUGAUAUGGGCGAAGAAGUGAGAAUCACCGACAAUGGAGGCGAGGACGGUGGCGGAGACGAGGACCGAGUGGCAGAGUGGGAGGUGGGUCUUCCUACCGCCGAUGAUCUAACGCCUUUAUCUCAGACGUUGAUUCCGCCUCAGCUGGCCUCGGCGUUUAGUAUUUCACCGGAGCCCCGCCGGAGCGUGCUCGAAGUCAAUCGAGCCUCGCAGAACACUCUGUCUAGAAUUCGGGGACAAUCUCAAGCUUUAUCUUCAUCGAACAGCUUCAAUUUCAAGUCUUUCGACGAAAACAAAGCCAUAGACCCGAUGGUUGUGGAAGGAGACGAGACGGAUCUGAGUCGAGAAGGUUCGGAUUUGAGAAAAUUUCGUAAAAUCGAAGGCGGUGUAGGGGCAGAAGAAGCCGAAUCGGCUUUACAGACGGAGAACUGCACCGAUGACCCAUCGGCGAGAACUCUAAAGCGACCUCGUUUGGUUUGGACUCCGCAGCUACACAAAAGGUUUGUCGACGUGGUGGCUCAUUUAGGAAUAAAAACCGCGGUGCCGAAAACGAUUAUGCAGUUGAUGAACGUAGAGGGAUUGACUCGCGAGAACGUUGCUAGUCAUUUGCAGAAGUAUAGGCUAUACCUGAAAAGGAUGCAGGGGCCGUCGUCAUCGGAUCAUUUGUUGGCGUCCACGCCGGUGCCGCAGAGCUUAAAUGAAUCCGGUGGGAGUGAGCAUGGACAACAUAACAGUAAUAGCAAUGGUAAUGGGCAUAUGGGGAUGCCGAUUCCGAUGCCGUAUCCACCGCAGAUGAUGCCUAUGCCUAUGCCUCUGCUUGGGAUGAGUCAUCAAGGUCACGGGCAUAUGGGAAUGCCCAUGGCGAAUCUGGGUGCGCCUGGGGGUUUCGAGUCGCAUCAUAAUCCGUAUAAUAUGUUGCAGCAGAGGGAUUGGUCUGGCAAUAAUUUUGGGUUUGUUCCGUCGCUUCACCGAGUUACUCAUGAUGAUCAAUGAUUGUCGGAGAUAGGUUGAUAGCGAACAGAGAGGAGCUUGAGAAUUUCUCAAACCUUUUAACUAUAGGACUCCACUUCCAAUGUAUAGCUUGUUUGAUAAUUCUGGAUCUGCCAGACAUGGGAGAAGUUUUAAAGAAAUCGUUGGAGACACUUUGAUGUGUAUAUCAGUACGAUUUGGGAUUAGUUAAGAAAGAGACAAAGAUGAAACUUCUUUCUGUUCCAGAUUUUUCCGGGGAUGCAUUCAAGUGGAAGGAAGUUUAUGUUGAAAGAAUUCAGGCCUGUCAACUGCAAGUUGUUAAGUAUAUGCCUGACCCGUUCUUUUAUUGUUUAAGAUUGUGUGUUCUGGUGUAGCAAUGACUGAAUUGAACCUUUUUUUUAGCAACAAAUCUAUAGUUCAAAAUUGAAGUUAGCAAAAAGGUUGUCAGCAGUUCUUGAAUUCUGGUAUUUUGUGACGUUAUCAUUUGUGACCUAAGCAUUUAAAAUAAACGAUUUUUACAUUUUGGUUUUAUUCAUUUCCAUCCUCCCUUAAGGUCUGUUCCCCAAUUACAUAAUAGUGGGGCCGUGGGGGUGGUUAGUGAAAUAUUAUCGAUAAUUUGUAUAUAGGAAAGCAAGCUGUUAAGUAUAUAUUCCUAACUCGUUUGUUACUCUUUCAGCAACAAAGCAAGUUUUGCAUAAGAUUGGCAGACACAUGAGGAUUGGAAUGAGAAACUACCAUUUCCAUAAGGGGGGUAUAGAACUUCGGUGAGGACUUCUAUAGGGGCUAUGCUGUUUUCUUUGGUUGGUGGGUUGGAAGUUGUUCUCCCCAGUGAUAGAAGUACGUAUCAUUUUUAAGGGUUAUUUUCGAAUGUAAGUAAAGGAAUGUGACUGGUGUGAGAAUUUAAAAACUAUCCCUUGGUUGAAGGUAACGAUGAGGAUCAGGUUAAAGAUUCCAAGUGAGUCCCUGGGAACUUUUUUCAAAGAUUGGUACAAAGAACUAGCUUUCAUGGAUG